AUGGCUCCUGUAGAUAUACUGGCAGCUGGCCACCAUACUGUGCUGCUACCUCAGGUGGUGAGCAGCAGUCCCAGUGCUAAAUGCAGCAUCAGUGACCCUCUUCCUAUUCUUCACAAGCAUUAUCAGUCAGGAGACUUCAUCAUCGGUGGCAUCAUGUCUCAGAUCUACAUGUUCUCCAAUCUGAUAGAAUUCACAAAACGUCCCUCCAAGGAACUCUUUGGAGACAUUAUCCAUUUCUAUGAACGAUGGGCAUAUCAUGCCUCAAUGGAACUUCUCUCUACAAGGAACAAAUUCAUUCCGAAUUAUAAAUGUGAUAGUCGGGAUAAUCCAGUAGCAGUGAUCGGAGGACCUAAUUGUAAAGUUUCUUUACACAUGGCCGCUGUUCUAUUCACCUAUAAGAUGCCACAGCUCAUCUAUGGCUCUUCUCCCAUGAUAAAUCCCAACAUUCCAGAUGUUUUCUUCUAUCGAAUGUUACCAAACAACAUUAAUCAAUAUGAGGGGAUUCUUCAGUUACUCCUGCAUUUUUGGUGGAUAUGGAUUGGGUUGAUUUCUGUGAAUGAUGAUAAUGGAGACAGAUUGAUACAGGAUAUUGUUCCCAUGUUUGCCAAGAAAGGUGUCUGCUUUGACUUCAUGGAACGAUUUCCUGCACUUUCAUUUGAUAAGGACAUUCUUGACACUGUGGAGUUGGCAUUUGAAAUGUUAGGGGUCAUCAUUAGGAGUACUGCUAGUGCAGUUAUCGUAAAUGGUGAAAUUCAUACCAUGAUUUUUCUGCGAUUGUUGCCCCAGGCUUUAGAAAGUGAAAGCUUGCCAAUGAAGACAAAAGGAAAAGUCUGGAUUAUGACAGCUCAGAUGGAUUUCACAUCACUUCCCUUCCAAAGAAAUUCAGACAUAGACUUCAUUCAUGGUUCUAUAUCGUUUGCAAUUCACUCAAAGGAGAUGUCUGGAUUUCCGAAAUUUCUUCACAUGAGGAACCCUACCAUUGAAAGAGAAGACGGCUUCAUCAGAGUUUUCUGGGAAAUGGCAUUUGAGUGUUUAUUCCCCAACUCUGGUUUGGAUGCAAUAGAUGGGAAUGUCUGUACUGGGGAGGAAAAACUAGAGUCUCUUCCAGCAUCUGUGUUUGAAAUGAGCAUGACUGGCCACAGCUACAGUGUCUACAAUGCUGUCUAUGCCACGGCACAUGCUUUGCAGGCUGUACUUUCCUCCAAAUGCAAACAUGGAGUGAUGGCCAAUGGAAGGAGAUGUGAUCUUGAGUAUCAAAUGUCAUGGCAGGUCCACCACUUUCUGAGAGCCAUCUCUUUUAACAACAGUGCUGGCGAAAAGGUUUCUUUUGACCAAAAUGGGGAAAUAAUAGAUGGCUUUGAUAUUAUCAACUGGGUCACAUUCCCAAACCAAUCUUUUCAGAGAGUCAGGGUUGGAAAGAUGGACCCCAGGGCUCCCCAAGAAGAAGUGUUCACCAUAUGUGAAGGUACUAUCAUAUGGCACAGCAGGUAUAACCAGGUGCAGCCCCUUUCUCAGUGUAAUGACAAUUGCCAGCCAGGUUAUAGCAAAACAAUGAUGGAAGGGAAGCCAUUUUGCUGCUAUGGUUGCCUUCGAUGUCCAGAGGGCAAGUUCUCAAAACAUGUGGACAUGGUUGACUGCUCUGAAUGUCCAGAAGAUCAUUAUCCAAACUCUAGGCAGGAUUUAUGCCUUCCUAAACCUCUAACCUUCCUUACUUACGAAGAGCCUUUGGGGACCACUUUGGCCAGUUUGUCUCUUUGCUUUGCUUUCAUCACAGCUUUGGUAUUUUGUAUUUUCAUUAAGUACCAGGACACUCCCUUAGUCAAAGCUAACAACCAGAACCUCACCUACACUCUCCUCACAUCCCUUCUACUCUCCUUCCUUUGUGCUUUGCUAUUCAUAGGCCAGCCUGAUGCGUUGCCCUGUUGUCUUCGACAAACUGCUUUUGGUGUCAUCUUCAGCUUGGCUGUUUCCUGCAUCUUGGCAAAGACUACCAUUGUGGUUUUAGCUUUCAUGGCCACCAUGCCUGGGUCCAAAAUGAGGAAAUGGGCUGGGAAUAAGCUGUCAUUCUCCAUUGUUCUAUUCUGCUUUCUCAUUCAAGCCACUCUUUGUACUGUGUGGUUGGCAACCUCUCCACCAUUCCCAGAUCUAGAUAUGCACUCAAUGAGUACAGAAAUCAUACUGGAAUGUAAUGAAGGAUCAGUCACCAUGUUCUAUUUUGUCUUGAGCUUCCUAGGCUUCCUGGCCAUUGUCAGCUUUACUUUGGCUUUCUUAGCCAGGAAGUUGCCAGACAGUUUCAAUGAAGCCAAGUUCAUCACUUUCAGCAUGUUGGUCUUCUGCAGUGUUUGGCUUUCCUUUGUUCCAACCUACCUGAGCACAAGAGGGAAAUACAUGGUGGCUGUGGAGAUCUUCUCCAUCUUGGCCUCCAGUGCUGGGUUACUGUUAUGUAUCUUUUCCCCAAAAUGCUACAUCAUUGUGCUUAGGCCUGAGUUAAACAGCAGAGAUCAGCUACGAAGAAGGAAGAAGUAA